GUCACUUCAGGAGUUGAGCCUAAUACAGUGGACUGCACACCGUAGACAUGGGGAUGUUGCGCGUUGAGGAGCUUGUUACUGGCAAGAAAUGCGAGAACAAGGAGACAGCGGAGCGCUUGCCAGAGGAGACCACAGGGGGACUGUACGAGACAGCCAUCACCCAAGAGAAACAGGAUGACCGGAGAUCGCUCACAGACCUGCCAUCUGCCUCGACCUGUGACCAUGAGGUCACCCUGCAAACCUUAAACACUGACAGAGCUGGCCGUCUGAAACUCGAGACUGUGGAUGACCUUUACAACAUCCUACAGCUGAAGAAGAGGAAGAGAGUGAAGAGGGUGGCAGCUAAGAAGCCAGAACCUGAACCAGUGCCCGACGUAGUGGAUGAAAUGACAUUCCUGGAUGCAGCUAUGAAAAACAAGCUUCCAGUGAUCGAGAAGUACCUGGCUGAUGGUGGAGACCCCAACGUCUUUGACAAUUUUAAUCGCACUGCCCUGCACAAAGCAUGUUCCCAGGGCCAUGUGGACAUUGUGAAGAAACUUCUGGAGGCAGGGGCUUCAACUGAGAGUAAAGACAAGCUGGACUCCACAGCCGUUCACUGGGCCUGUCGGGGAGGGAGUCUGCCAGCCCUGGAGCUGCUGCUGAACCACAGUGCCAACUUCAGUGCCAGGGACAAGCUGCGCAGCACUCCCCUCCACGUCGCAGUCAGGACUGGACACUACGAGUGCGCCGAACACCUCAUUCACUGCGGCGCCGACGUCAACGCCAAAGACAAGGAGGGGGACACACCUAUGCAUGAUGCUGUGCGGACAAACAGGUUCAAGAUUAUCCAGCUGCUCCUGCUUCACGGAGCCAACCUGAAGCUCAGAAACUGUGAGGGAAAGUCACCGAUGGAGAGCGUUCUUCAGUGGCAGAGUGGAGCCAAAACCAUUCUUUCCAACUUCAAGGAAGAGACCCAUUCAUCCAAGUAAGAUGGUACAUUCAUAAAUGGUCCACUUACUGGAUUACAGAGCCAGAAAAGAGAAUAUGAAGAUGUGUUUUAACUGGCACUUUGGCAGAAAUGCAAUGAUUUUUUUGAAGACUUGGUUUCUGAUGAAAUAAUGGAAGAGUCACAAACUCCACAUUAUGGUUGUGUCUCUUAAAAGAGGGAGAAACAUGAAUUGUUGCCAGUUUUGGAAGAUUUCAGAAAUAGGACUGAUGUGAGACUGAUGUAAUGGAAAGACCACACUUCAGUUAUGGAAUUUAAAAGAGAUGUAAGAGUAAUGUCAUGUUAGACUUUGAAGAUACCAGAGAGAGAUGGCAGGACGUUAUUUGUUGAUGAUUAAGAUCCUCUGAUGGAAAUGAGUCACAAAGCCCAUGUUGUGGCUGUGUUCUAAAAGACUGAAGCAAGUGACUUGAUGGAAGACAUCAGAAAGGGAAUACCAGGGAUUAUUUAAUUAUUUGAUUGAGUACUUAAUUAAGAAUCCCAAAUCCCAGUAUGUUGAGUUAAAACUAAUGUCAGAUUUCAGAGAUAUUGAGAAAACAGAACCAUAUGUACUGAAUUAAAAGGAUGAUUUUCUGAUGCAAAAAAAGCAACUUUACAAACAGAUACAGUGGUUGUGUUCUGUGAGAGAAUGGCAAAUGUGUUGGGAAGGCAGUUUUGAGAGCUUUCUGGAAGGGAAUGUUGGUCAAUGUGAUGUGAUAUUUAUUAUCCCUAUUGAUGCCUUAUUGAAACUUAGUGCAAAUGAUUAGAAAAAAAUUCUUAGCUGAAACCAAAUUGCCAUAGUAUACUGAACUUUGUGAAUUUCUAUGUUAGUAAAAAUUUUAACCCGGAAAUGGUAAAAGGUUUCCAUGAACAGGAAAGACAAAGGAAUGUGACAGCAAAAAGGAUGUUAAAGGAGAGAUUUUUGUGUGAUGACUUAAAUGUUACCAAGAGUCUUGACAAUGUAAUGCACUUAUGUUUAAAUGUUUUGUACUUAAAUGUAAAGUUUAUCUGUACAUUUUGCCAAUUAUUUAUUGUUGUUGUAAAUUCAAA